UGUGAAGUGAGGAAGUGCCACUAAUAACUUUCCAGUGAUUGUAGUUAUUUUUCUUUUUUUUUUUUUAGUUUAAAAGAGAGGCGAGAGCAAUAUUUUUCAUUGUUAAAGAUUGUGAUAAUGGAGAAAGUAUAGUUUUUGUUUAAUUGCAUUUCGUAAACUCCAUCAUAACAAUUUUGCGUUCGGUUUUGUCAAUUCUUCCAUUUUGGUGCCCCGCUAGAAUAGAAUCAAAACAUUUGCAUAGCGUAAGGACAUGUAGCUAGUCGUUUGAUUUAAUUCUAGAUAACUCAAGGGACAAGUGAUAGACUAUAGUUAGACGAAAUGUGAUGUUAUAAUCAAUGAUAUGAUGUUUAGGAAAUUAUUUUGUCGCCAGACACUUUGCUACAUAUUUUUAUAAAUACGAUUAGAAAGAGUUAGUUUCUCAGACUUAUUUUGUACGAUUCGUUCUUAUAUUUAUACUAGUAGGACGUAAUAAAAUGUUACUUCUGGACCAGGGCAUUUGGCGUCUUAAAAGACACAUUAGAAUCCUAUAAAUUUAGCUGUUUUUCUAAAAGUAAACAACCGAGAAAGGCCUUUGAAAAACAUUCAUUUUUAUGCAUCUCAAAACUACCCAUAUAUUUGUAGACAACCCAAAAAUUGGUCACACAAAAAAACAUAGUAGAAUCCUACAAAUUAGCUGUUUCCCCAAAAUUAAACAGCCAAAAAAUGUCUUGUUUUUAAACACCCCAAAAUGAUUUAUCUGAAGCAGGUCAUUUGUUAAAGGGUUAAUAAUUGCAAAAAGUUUUAUCUGGGGACACGAUAACAUUUAUUAUUAUGGGUUUCUAAGAAAACCUAUAAUUUCUUCAUAUUUUGGAUUUAUAGAGACGGAAGUGAAUAGUCCGCUUGAAAAAGAAGAAUUUACUCCCUUCAGAAGUGACCAAAUAGAAGACUGGUAUUAUGGUUAUAAAUUAAUCAAUAAAAAAUUAGGAAUAUAAAUAUUAUCCGCUUUUUUAAAGUUAGAAGCUUAAUUUUAAAUUAAUUCUUUAAUUGGGAUUUUUACAUCUUACUUAUGACACUAUACUCCUCAUUACUACCAUAAUAAUUGAAUAAUGAAUAAAUUUGUAAAUAAAAAAAUAGUUCCCACAAUAUUCUUUUAUUCUCUUAUUCCAUUUAUAAUUUAUUCUCAGGUGUGGUCACGUGACUUAGAACCACCUGUCAACCUGAAAAUUAACUCAGCAGAAAACAAUGUUGUGUUGAUUCACACGUGCCAAAAAUGUCUUCAGCCCACAGUAACACCCUGGCCCAAGAAAGUUCAAUUAACGAUAAUUUUUCUGGCCCCGAAUCGCGUUUUGAGUGCCCCAUUUGUCUCGCAUGGCUGCGUGAUCCCGUCUUGACUUCUUGUGGGCACAGAUUUUGUCGUAGUUGCAUGGACUCAUGGCUCGAACGCGAAAAUCCCUCGUGUCCUAUCGAUAAUACGAAACUGGAAAAGGGAGUUGACAUUUUCCCCGAUAAUUUUACUCGAAGAGAGAUUUCACAACAAAAAACCAAAUGUCCGAAUCUCGUAAGGGGCUGUUUAGAGGAGUUGUCGCCUCUUGAUGUUGAAACACAUUUACUGACGUGUCAGUAUAAGCCACCGGAACUGCCCGAAAAUGAGAAAUUGCGAUGCGCUUUUGUCGAAUUCGGCUGCGAAGAUAAGUUUGAAGACGAACCGGAAUUGCAAAGACACUUGGAACAAUACAUACACAAACAUUUGAACCUGUUGUCACAAGCAUAUAGUAAGUUCACAAUAAACAGUCCCUCAACAUCAGCAAUUGCACAACAAGCGAAUUUUUGGGAUCCCCCGUCUAAAAAUGAUACUUCAGUCUCAAGUAAUCACGAUAAUGUAAAUGGGUUAUUAAAGGCCUUGUAUGAGAAAGCCGUUUUAUUGGAACAAAAGACACGCGAACAAGAUAUAAUCAUAGCCAAUAUGUCUGAACAAAUUUCGUCUUUGAAUCUAUCAAUGUCAAAAAUGCACUUGCGUUACUGUAACGGUUGUUAUUUGUGGUAUUUUAAUGAUUUCAAAAACAAGAUAAAUGCGAUGCGAAAUGAUUCGAGAAUUAUGCACUACAGUCCCGGUUUUUACACCGCAGCUAAUGGAUAUAGAUUGUGCAUUCGCUUGAAUUUAUCACCCAAAGACCCAAAUUACAUAGCUAUCUUAAUCCACGUGAUGAAAACAGAGCACGACAAUGCCUUAGACUGGCCUUUCAGUGGUAGAUUAACUAUAACUUUAGUCCAUCCUUUGCAGCCUUUUCACAACAUAAAAGAAACGAUGAUGACUCGUCCCGAAUUGGAUGCGUUUAAGAAACCAGUGCAAGAUAUGAAUCCCAAAGGUUUUGGUUAUACCGAAUUCGCCUUAAUUGAAGAACUCUUCUCUCAAGGCUACGUCGAAAACAAUCAUUUGUUGAUAAAAGUCCAAGCUCAACCUGUGUAAAUAAAAUCUUUUUAAAAUGGUUUAUUAA